GAUUAAAGAACAUGGCGCUAUCCAGAAUGCGUUCGGUUAUCAUUCUCUCAAGUGUAUCUGUCAAAAGUGAUAUGAAUUUUUAUUUACGCGUUGCAUGACAGUUUAGUUAGUAAUCUUGUCUAUUAUUUGAAACGAAAUGGGUAUUUUUUUUGCGAAGAAAAAACCACCUAGUCGUGUUACGGAACAAGAUAAGGCUAUCUUGCAAUUAAAACAAACUAGGGAUAAGAUCAAGCAAUAUCAACGAAGAAUUGAACAAAGUCUUGAGAAAGAACGGUUACUUGCAAAGAAACUUGUACAGAAUGGGCAGAAAGACCGUGCCUUGCUUCUUUUACGGAAGAAAAAGUUUCAAGAACAGGUAUUAUCAAAGACUGAUGGACAACUGGAAAAUUUGGAGCGUAUGGUACACGACAUAGAAUUUGCACAAGUAGAGUUGAAAGUCAUUGAUGGUUUGAAAGUAGGCAAUGCAGCAUUGAAGAAGCUUCAGGACUUGUUAUCUAUUGAUGAAAUCGAGAAAGUUAUGGAUGAGACUAGAGAAGGCAUUGAAAAACAAAAAGAAAUUGACGAAGUCUUAGCUGGAGAACUCACAGAGGAAGACGAAGGAGAAGUCGAAGCAGAGCUGGAUGCUCUUCUAGCAGCGGAAGUUAAAGAAAAGGCACCUGAAAUACCACAGGAUGUAAUUUUACCAGAUGUACCAGAAGAAUUGCCAGAAAAGAAGAAAGAACGUACAAAAGAGAAGACACAAGAAGCUGUUGCUCUUGAAGCAUAAAGUAUCAUUAGUGAAAUUUUUACUUUAUCUACACUUUGCACAGGAAUCUGUGUACAUAUGUACAGUAUAUUGUAUGUAAGGCUCAGUGUGAAUAAUUCUUACGUUGAGAUAAUUAGGGUAUAACUGAAAGAAUGGAAAUUAAUAUUGAAGACUGUUUUCCAUUAUAAGGCGCGUGUACAUGAUUUCUGUAUUGUGAGUAUAGGUUUUGAACCAACGGAUGUGCAAUUGAGGCAAUUGUACAUUGCUUUUUCAUAUAUUACAUGUAUCAUGCCUUGUAUGUACAAAUACCUUUUUAUCUUAUUAUUGGCCUCUCUUUCAUAUAGUUACAAAAAAGGUGCAAAAGAUUGAAAUGUUGUAAUAAAUAUGAUUUUAUUUAAAAUGU